UGCCGGGUGCUGAGCUUAUGAGACGUGUGGCAGGAGUCGCCGCAUAAAUUUAAUAUUUUUCUCAGAUAAAAUGUAUUACAAGUUUAGUGGAUUUACACAAAGACUGACGGGUUCGGCACCGUCGACCGCCUACAGCCCCCAGGGCUUGAGACCUGCAGUCCCGGUGGAACCUCCCACCAUGAUCUUUGCCACCCCAACCAAAGUGGUGGCCGAGUCUGGGUCCAUGGCAGAGUAUAUGGGCAUCAACAAAGUCCCAGACCUGCAGAGGUUCUUCCAGACGUCAGAUGGCCUGCCCGUCCACCUGAAGAGGGGUGUCCCGGACAGGCUUCUGUACCGCACCACCAUGGCCCUGACCGUCGGCGGCACCUUGUACUGCCUGAUAGCUCUGUACAUCGCAGCACAGCCCCGCAAGUGAACCCUGCCUGUCUGCUUACCUCUCCGCCAUAGGAAUAAUCAAUGUUUUUACCCACAGAACACAGACUGCAUACAACUGCAGGAGUCGGAGUCAGUGGCUCCUGACACCUGCACCUUGUUUCCACCUCUAUGUCAUUAUUAUCCAUGUGACACAGAGGUGCCCUGUGAAUCUUCCAGAGCACUUCCAAUACUCUCCUGUGAACAUCAGCAGAGGGCGAGGACAGACCCAUCUCACAAGCGGCUCCUCUCCUCUCGGCCUUGACCAGGUGUGACGUGCCUCCCAGGUGAGAGGAAGGGAGUGUGCCGACCAGCCCUGUAAAGGCCGUCGUUUGCUUUGGACUUGCAUCAGAGGAGUCGCAGGGGUCCCUUGGACUUUGGUAUCUCACGCAACGUCCAGUAACCUCACCUCCAGUCUCUGUCAAACAGAGUUCCCUUGGUGAUGUGUGCAGGGAUGUCAGGGAACUGCUUCAUCUCAGCUCUCUGAGGGUGGGAACGAAGAAGGAGGCUGAGGCUGGACCAAGUGGGUGGAGCCAUCCGUGUGCCAGACCAAUCCAGACAUGCCAUCCUGUGGUCUGGUGAUAGCCUGACACACAGUUUACCCCGAGUUGUUUCCCCUUUUCAAGAUUGGGUUUAAUGCCAGUUGCCAGACUUCAGUUUUGCUCAGUGUACUGCAGCAGUUUAGAGGUUUGGAUUUACUAAUGGCCAAGAACUGACAGAGUAUGAAAUGAGUUUGUUCAGCAGUGCUUGUAGAGUUAAAUGGAGGGUUGAAAUGGCUUAAGCUAAUGCACAGCAAACCACAUUGAGUUCCAUCAAAUGCCUCUGUGCAUGAGCGAGCGCCAGUCGCGUUGCAGUGAACUACAUGAACUGUCCUGCCUGUCCGCCCCUGUGUCAUGUGACUGGCUCUGACGGUGUGUGGAUUGUCAUGUAACUGGCUGUAGCGUGGGCGGUCAUGGACAUGUUUCUCAGAAGCC